AUGUUUUCAGAGAUGGUCAGCACCAAAUACAAUACGCAUGUUCCUCUUGAUCAUAAUAGCAACAUGGGCAGUUCAGGUGGGGCUCAAGGGAGUUCAAGGUGGAACCCAACAAAAGAGCAGAUAAGCAUGCUUGAGGGUUUAUACGCACAAGGGAUAAGGACACCAAGUGCUGAGCAGAUACAGCAAAUGACUAGCAGGCUUAAGGUUUAUGGUCACAUUGAAGGAAAGAAUGUGUUUUAUUGGUUUCAAAAUCACAAGGCAAGGCAGAGGCAGAAACAAAAACAAGAGAGUUUGGCUUCCAUCAAUCGCUAUCUUCACACGGCUCAGCCCAUUUUUCCCGUCCCAUCUACCCCAAAUGUUAUUUGCGGCCCAUAUUACCUACCUCAGAGAGAGAAUUUAGGGUUUUAUCCUCCGUAUCCGAAAGUGCUAAUACCUGGCGGAUUCAAAAGGAGGUCAAGGAUUGAAAAGUCUGAAAAGACAAAAAGUACUGGUUAUGUCGGUCAAGGAUGUGGUAUUUCCCCAUAUGAGUAUAACAAUUCUAUGAUGCAAACCAGUAGGAGUGUGUACGAGGAAGCCAUUAACGUUGACAGUGACCAGGAAACGCUACCUCUCUUUCCAGUGCACCCAACCGAUCAAGGAACAACAAGAAUGUCGUCUCUUGCUGGUUCAGCUUCUGGCGAGAGUUCCACCACUUUAUCUUCUGAUGAGAAUAUUAACGAAGAAGGUUCCAGCGACCAACCCUACUUUGAUUUCUUUUCCAGACAAGGCUCUUUUGAUAGUCACUGA